AGCUCAGUCUACGAAGCGUCUCGGGCUGCACAGUGGCACGCGUGCGCGAGGGCCCGCAUAAUACCCUGGACGUCCGCCCUGCUGGCGGAAAUGGAGGAUUUAGCAGCACCCUGAACCUAGUCAUGACGUCGAACACGCACGGACAGCCUGCCCUGCACACAAUGACUGUGACCAUCGGGGCGAGCGUGCGUUCUCGGGCAGCCGGCAGCCUGGCCUGGAGGACACCUUCCUUCCCUCAGACCACGUCAGAAUCUACCGUAAUGCCCGCCUUCCGGGCGAGCACCCCAAGACGAGCACCCACCACACACUGCGCCCUACCCGGGCUGAGGUGUGCCCACCCGCCUGCGCACUCGGGAGCGAACAGCACGACCGCGUGCGCGGCGAAGCCAAGUACUGGCACGGACUAGGUUACCCAAUAAGCGCGGGGCGCGUGCGAUCGGUAUGCCGGGGCGGAGCAGACGCUUCUGCCGCAUACUGUGCUGUUGGGGCGACGCUUCGCGCUGCGAAUCGACGCGCUGCGAACCGCGGGCAGGGUUCGUACGGCACUCGAUGCUUCGCGGGUGCGGCUAGUGCGGCGCUUCGCGCAGGAUAUGAAU